GUAACCAGUGGCGGUGGUCCUCGCUGCUGCAGCGCGGGCAACAGAGGCCCGCGAGUUUUGUGAGCUGAAGCCCCCGCCAGGAUCUUUCUGUUUGUCCUUCGAUGUCGGCCAGCGCUGCAGUGGUCACGCCGUCAGGUCUGGAUGAUGGGGUGCCUCGGUCUCGCGGCGAAGGGGCAGGAGAAGGAGUCGUGGAGCGAGGGCCUGGCGCGGCCUACCACAUGUUCGUGGUGAUGGAGGACCUGGUGGAGAAGCUGAAGUUGCUCCGCUAUGAGGAGGAACUCCUCCGGAAAAACAACCUGAAGCCCCCGUCCAGACACUAUUUUGCACUGCCUACCAAUCCUGGUGAACAGUUCUACAUGUUUUGCAUUUUUGCUGCGUGGCUGAUUAACAAAGCAGGACGUCCCUUUGAGCAGCCUCAAGAAUAUGAUGAUCCUAAUGCAACAAUAUCUAACAUAUUAUCAGAGCUUCGAUCAUUUGGAAGAGCUGCAGAUUUUCCUCCGUCAAAAUUAAAGUCUGGUUAUGGAGAGCAUGUGUGCUAUGUUCUUGAUUGUUUGGCUGAGGAAGCAUUGAAAUAUAUUGGUUUCACCUGGAAAAGGCCAGCGUACCCAGUAGAAGAACUAGAUGAAGAAACUGUUCCAGAAGAUGAUGCUGAAUUAACAUUGAAUAAAAUGGAUGAAGAGUUCAUGGAGGAGGAGACAGACAAUGAAGAAAAUUUUAUUGAUCUUAAUGUUUUAAAAGCCCAGACAUACCGCUCGGAUACAAACGAGACUGCCAAACAAGAAGAUAUUUUGGAAUCCACGACAGAUGCUGCGGAAUGGAGCCUAGAAGUGGAACGUGUACUACCACAACUGAAAGUCACGAUUAGGACUGACAAUAAGGAUUGGAGGGUCCAUGUUGACCAAAUGCACCAACACAAAAGUGGAAUAGAAUCUGCUCUAAAAGAAACUAAGGGAUUUUUAGACAAACUGCACAAUGAAAUUAGUAGAACUCUGGAAAAGAUUGGAAGCCGAGAGAAGUAUAUCAACAAUCAGCUUGAGCACUUGGUUCAAGAAUAUCGUGCAGCUCAAGCCCAGCUGAGUGAGGCAAGGGAGCGAUACCAGCAGGGAAAUGGCGGUGUUACUGAAAGGACCCGACUCCUGUCUGAGGUUACAGAAGAAUUGGAAAAGGUAAAACAAGAAAUGGAAGAAAAAGGCAGCAGCAUGACUGAUGGUGCUCCUUUGGUGAAGAUUAAACAGAGCUUAACAAAGCUGAAGCAAGAAACUGUUCAGAUGGACAUCAGAAUCGGUGUUGUGGAACACACAUUACUCCAGUCAAAACUGAAGGAGAAGUCAAACAUGACUAGAGACAUGCAUGCAACAAUUAUUCCAGAAUCUGCAAUAGGCUCUUAUUAAAGCUUAUUGUUUCCCAUGCUUCUGAUUAGUUGAUUUUUUUAUGUCAAAUUCUAUUUCACAUUGUAUAGUUUUUUAAAAUAUGAUUAUAUACCUCUUAAAGUAUGUUCAAUGAAUAUUUUUGCAUACACAUACAUAUUUUAUCAUGGUAAUUAUGGAUGAUUAGAGCCUUUAAAUUUAAUACCAUGUUUAAUAAAAUAAUUUCAAAGUCUCAAUAUCAAA